GGAGUGCGUUUGAGUACAUUCGUGGUCGUGGUCGUGGUCGUGGCCGUGGUCGUACAUCGUCAUCAAGUGGUAGUCAAACAUCUUCGUCGGUGAAUAUGCCCGGCACCGGCAGAAUGGACAUUGAACAUUUUCCAUAUAAAGACAGGAUCCCUAACAUCAUGAUGCCGUUCCUGGACGGGUGGAAUGAUGUGGUUGCAGAUGGUAACUGUGGAUUUCGGGUUGUGGCUGAUGUGUUUCAGAUGGGUGAAGACAACUACGGUUUAGUGCGUCAGUUGAUGUACAGUGAAAUCGCCUCAAACCGAGCUGUUUAUCGCCACGUGUACGGACAGGACUUGGAUAGGUCUCUGCAGCGUAUCCGGUGGGGAGGAGGACGUUGCGGUCAAAAUCAUUGGUUCGACGCGCCCCUUGAUCUCUUCGCCGUUGCAAACAUCUACAAGUGUGCAGUGAUGCAUUUCGGCCUUGGUUUGCAUGGUCGAGCUUACUAUCCGUGUACCACGGUUCUGCCUUGGUGUUCGCGUGAGACCGUCACCAGACCGGUAACAGAGGUUGCUAUUGGAUUUCUGGGGCCGUCAUACAGACAUUUCAUCCGACUGGACCUGUCACCCGAUUUUCCGGUCCCACCGAUUAUACCAUUUAAAUGUGAACCUGUAUUUAGUUUUCGUAUGCCCACUAAUUACAACUUAAAAUAA